CGCUUUUGACUAAGCACAACGCGGAAGCCUCUUGGCCGAGAGCAGCUGAGGCCGGCUUCUCUUUUCUGCCGCCGUCCCCGGCCCGGACCCUGCCGCUACCAUGUCCUCCGACUUCGAGGGCUACGAGCAGGACUUCGCAGUGCUGACAGCGGAAAUCACGGGCAGGAUCGGGAAGGUGCCCAAGCUGCUGGGCGAUGAGAAGAAGCAGAUGGUUGCAAAUGUGGAGAAACAGCUAGAAGAAGCAAGGGAACUGCUUGAACAGAUGGAACUUGAAGUUCGUGAAAUCCCCGCCCAAAGCCGAGGAAUGUAUAGCAGUAGAAUGAGGAGCUACAAACAAGAAAUGGGAAAACUUGAAGCAGAUUUUAAAAGGUCACGGAUUGCCUAUAGUGACGAGGUGCGGAAUGAGCUCCUAGGGGAUGAUGGGAAUUCCUCAGAGAACCAGUUGAUAAAAUUACGCGAAGAGAGGGCACAUCUGCUCAAUAACACAGAGAGGCUGGAAAGGUCAUCUCGGAGACUAGAGGCUGGAUACCAAAUAGCAGUGGAAACCGAGCAGAUUGGACAAGAAAUGUUGGAAAACCUGAGCCAAGACAGAGAGAAGAUCCAGCGUUCUCGGGAAAGGCUUAGAGAAACAGAUGCAAACUUGGGGAAGAGCUCUAGGAUCCUAACUGGCAUGUUGCGAAGGAUCAUCCAAAACCGGAUUUUGAUCGUUAUCUUGGCAAUCAUCAUCUUCUUCACCAUCCUGAUGGCUAUUUAUUUUUCUGUCAAGAGACACUGAUAUCUUGGUUCUUUACUAAACAGCAACAAACUGCUUGUUCUGAGUAAUUAAGACAAAGUGGUCACAUGAAUCACUCUCUUGCACUGAUAGAAUCUCCCUGUCUUUGCCACUAUUCAACUCAGCUGCAAGUAGCGUAAAAAUAUCUUGUAUUAUUGAUUGCAUGUGGAUUUCAUUUUUUCCUUGUUUUUCCCCUUAAAAUUAAUGUUUUUGGAAUCUUCAUAUAUGGGUUUUUAUAUGAAAAACAUAACUAAGAAGAAUUAAUGUGUGUCAGAUUCCACACCGGGUUAUUCAUUUGUAGGUUACAAGAGUUGGGGGGUGGAGGGUGAAGUGUCUCCACCCUUUUCUUCUGUUGUGUUGGGCGUAUAAAUAUCUAGCAGUAUCUGAUCCUCUAUGGCAUCAAAGAAUAUGAGUAAAGCGGAGACCAAAUGAUAUAGAAAGUGAACCUGUCCCACGUGAGCCAUUCCUGUUCAUAAGUGUCCAUAAUAAAUGUUAAGUAGUUAAUUUUAAAAAAGACAUCACCUCAUGUCAGAGGGUGUUUAAUACCUGAUGUGAAACUACUACCUUAUUUGGCACAGUUUUGCCCUCAAAUUUUCUUUAUUAUUAGAAACAUUUCCAUUUGCACCAAGUCCCAGAUAUGAUAUGUGCAUUACUUGCCCAUCGUUUAAUGGUGACCAUGUUACAUAGUACUGAAUCAGCUUUGCAUCAUUCCAAUGCUAAGAUAUAUUCUGGUAAAAAAGAAAACAACCAGUUGUCUAUUUUAAAGAUGUGUAAAAAUACUUAUCUGUUAUUUUCCAACUGCAAAGAGAUCCUAGAUCAAUAUUUCAGUAACAAAUACAAUAGGAUUACAUUAAAUGCAAACAAAAUUAAGGAUUUUAAAAAUGGGUAUGAAAAUGAGUUCACGUGCAGAAAACAUUUUUAAUGAAUUGAAUCCAAACUUAUCACUGACUUUUUAAAUAGAACGUUUGAAAAUGUUAAUUUAUACUAACAAAUGUUUGCUGAUAUAUUGUAUAAAAACUUGAUCUAAUAGGAGAUUAGUGUGUAAAUGGGAUCUGUUUUUCUCUCCUGUUGGCUGUGUAUCUUCUGCAGAAGCAUCUAGUUCAUUUUGUUUAUAAACGUGUCUAGCAAAGGUAGUUUCCUGGUAAUGCAGUAAAAGAUUUUGCAUAAUCAUUUCUUAACUCAUAUGUAAUCCAUUACAAAGCUUAUAAAUCUAGAGAGUUUGUGAACCCUUGAACCUAAGGCAUAAAAUAUUUUAGGAGGAGAUUUUCAAAGGAACAAAGGGAAGUUAGGUACCCAACCCCUUUGGAAGUUAAUGGGAGUAGAGUUCCUAACUUCCUUUUGUGCCGUUGGAAACUCAGAAAUUCUGCCUUUGGACAUAUCUGUGAAGACGCCAUGGAUUCCCAUGUUGUCCGUGUUAAAACAGCUGAGAGCAGAAUUUGGCCCUAAACAUGUUGACUGUCUUUUCUACAUAGAAACAAAUAACUUGCUUAAAAUGUCUUUGAUUUUACCAACAGAAAGCACAGUAAUGAAAUGAAUGAUGGAAAGAUUCACCAGAGAAAUACUUACUGAACAGAUGAGGGCAUGCAUGUAUUCAGAUAAAUCAUUUAGUGCUGUGUGAGUAGAACUUCAGCCUUUAUCUUCCAGUAAUGGUGUGGGACUAAGUUCAUGUGACAUAGGACAUGGACAAGGAGCGAAGGGGAAAACUUGCCAGCAUUAAUGGGUAUUUAUUCAAGGAGGUGGGCGGUGCAUAUUUCCGUAAAUCUUUUAUCUGAGUAACAAACUACUGUAAAUCUAAAACAAGCAAAAGAAAAUAUUAAACUCCUUCCGCUUACUGGACAUUCCUGGUAUUGUUUCAGUGGUUAUUGUGGGGGGAAUCUAUUCAAAGCUACUUAAAUGAGGCCUGUGACUGGGGUGUGCACUCCACUUAGGUACCUGCUGGUGUCACCAAAAAUGCUUAGUGGUAAUUGGAUCCCCCCUCCUCAGUAUAAAUUUGGAGUUUGGUAUCUCAUCAGUUGCACCCAUUGGGAGAGGAACAAGGGACAAAGAAAACACCAGACUAGCUUUACUCUGAAUGAGCCUGACUUAACUGCACUUUUCAUGCCACUGUCUCAUUCAUACAGCCCCUACACCUGCUUAACGGUGUAAAUAUAAAAUAAUGCACAAAGAUCUUGGGAUCAGUACAUUUUGGUCCUUGAAAUAAUGUCUCACUGGUCAUUUUUACAUUUUUACCUGCUCUUGACUUGGAUUUUUGUGACUUGGAUUAGUAGUGUAGUUGGAACUAGUCAGCUGCACAGUGGGUUGGUCCUACAAUACAUGAGAAGCAAAUACCCACAGAUAGAGUAACACCCUCCCUCUCUCCCCCAAGGUUCAGACUUCCCCUGAACCACGUUUGUCACCUCUUUAGGGAUCUAUGAGUGAAUCUAAGUACUUACAAAUGUAAAUCUCAGAGAGUAAAAUGUUUAUAAUGUUUCAAGUCUUUGUCGAAAAUGACAAAUUAAAACUCACGCAUGCUGCUGUGGGUAAAAUUCAUACUCACUGAACAGUUCCGCUAGCGGAAUCAAUAAUCUCUGUCUGCACGGAUCCAAAAUCAAAAGCAAUUUAAUUAAAGAUGCUUAAGUUUUAAAGAGUUUUAAACGCUAUACGUUUUGGGAAAAAUAUCAGAAAAUGUAGCAUGACUGACGUCAGUUCCCAUCUCUGGGAUGGAAGGCCAUUUGCUAUUCUGUUUAAGGCAGGCUGGAUUGUCUUAUUUUGGAGCCAGCUUGGUGGGGGGUUUUCUUUGCUGCUGCUUCAGAGCACUGAGCUUCAAAGGCUGAAAUUAAUGGUGAACAAAAUUGUGCGGCUCUGACCAUCCCAUGCGGGGCAAACCCAUUGAGGGUUAUCAUUAAGUAAAGAAAUAAAGGGGGAAAAAAACCUGCCAGUUCCCAAAAAAAAAAAAAAAAAACCUCAUCAGAUAAUGACCUCUGUGAUUGGGUUUUCAUUACCAAACAGCAUCCAGAGAUUGUGUGCCUCAUA